AUGCAUGGGGAAUCACUUACUAACACUAGCACAACGUCAAUCAAUCUAGAUGAUGAUAAUAGGGAGAACAAUGAUUCAAAUAUUGAUGACGAUAAUGACCAUUUUAAUGACCCCAAUGACAACUUAAAUGAAAUGUUUCAUGAUUUAGAGACUAAUAUUGGUGCGGAUGAUCAAGAAAAAUUACAACAACUCUUUGAAGAAGAAGGAAAACCGUUGUAUCCCGGUUGUGAAAAUUUUUCAAAACUUAAUGUUGUGUUGAAAUUGUUUCAUUUAAAGUCAAAAAACGGAUGGAGUGAUAAAAGUUUCACAAAUUUAUUAGUGCUUUUGCACGACAUGCUUCCGGAAGAUGAGCGUGUAAAUGAUGGAAAAUUAAGACACGUGGCGGAUUCACCUCAGUGGAGAAACAUUGAUAACAUGUAUCCAGAAUUUGGAGAAGAGAUUAGAAACAUACGGUUUGGACUUAGUUCAGACGGAAUUAAUCCUUUCGGCAGCAUGAGUAGUCUCCGUAGUACAUGGCCGGUUCUUUUAUGUAUCUACAAUCUUCCACUGUGGUUAGCCAUGAAACGAAAAUACAUUAUGAUGUCUUUGUUGAUUCAGGGUCCGAAACAACCUGGUAAUGAUAUUGAUGUUUAUUUGUCUCCUUUAAUUGAAGACUUAAAAACUCUAUGGAGUUCAGGUGUAGAUAUGUAUGAUGCUUACAAGAAAGAACAAUUUAAAUUGCGGGCCAUGAUUUUUUGUACCAUAAGUGAUUUUCCUGCGUACGGUAACUUGUCAGGGUACAAGACGAAAGGUAAGAAAGCAUGUCCUGUUUGUGAAGAUGAGACAAGUUCAGUAUAUUUAAAAAAUUGCAAAAAAACUGUAUACAUGGGACAUCGAAGAUUCCUUCCAGAUGGUCACAUUUAUCGAGAGAAAAAGGAAGAGUUUGAUGGUAGUACCGAGCUCCGAAAGAUAAGGAAACGAUUUGAUGCAUUUUCAAGAGUUAAAAAUUUAAAAACUGUGUUGGGAAAAAGAACUGUGUUGGGAAAAAGAACUCGCGUUGAGAAAGGUGUUAUUUGGAAAAAGAAGUCAAUCUUUUGGGAAUUACCUUACUGGAAACAUUUAGAUGUUAGACAUUGCCUAGAUGUUAUGCAUAUCGAAAAAAACGUAUGUGAUAGCUUGUUGGGCUUAUUGUUAAAUAUUCCCAGUAAAACGAAAGAUGGGAUAAAUGUCCGUAAAGACAUGGUAAAUAUGGGAAUACAUAAAGAGCUUGCCCCUGUUGAGAGAGACAACCGUUAUGUAAGAAAUCCUAACCGACCUGAGGGUAGUAUUGUUGAGGGAUAUGCUUCCGAGGAAGUGCUUGAAUUUUGUACAGGUUAUUUGGAAGGUGUGGAUAGUAUUGGUGUACCUCAAUCUCGUCACUCGGGUAAACUUGAUGGGGUUGGAGGUGUUGGUAUGAAAAACAUCAUCCCAAGUCGUGACACUUUACAAAUUGCACAUUUAUUGGUCCUAAAACACAUGACUUGUCUUGCUCCAUUUGUUGAAGAACACAUGAACAUUUUACGGUUGACAUACCAGGGUAAGGAUAAUAUGUGGUAUAUAAUAAAGCAUAAUAAGGAGUUUUCUAGUUGGAUGAAAACUAAGGUAACAACAACUAAGGUUGACAGAAUUGUGGAAAAGUUAGGGCAAGGUCCAGAUUUUAAAGUUAAAUCUUACCAAAGGUACGACAUUAAUGGUUACACGUUUUAUACUAAAGAUCAAGAUGCAAAAAGUACAAUGCAGAACAGUGGAGUUAGAAUAAUAGCAUCAACGGCUGAAUUUGAUAGGAUGAAUCAUGAUACAAUGAUAAGAAUUGCUAAAGAUUCUUAUUAUGGUGUGUCAAAGUUGAUAAAUAUGGUUUUACUCUUGUAG